GAGGUGAAGAAACCGAACCCUAGGACCCACACACACACGCACACUAGUACGUAUCCGGAAAAGAGCAAAAAAUUAAUAAGCGACAAACCUUCUUUCUCUGUCCCUCCUCCCACCUUUUAAUUUCACAACGGGAAGUAUCUCAACAAACACUCAUUCACCUCCUCCACAAAUCCUCACCUUACUAUUCACGCUUUCCCUGCAGUUAUCCCUUAAAGCACAAGUCACCUCGCUGCAUUCCGAUAAACCUCCUCCCUGUGGCAGCCGUAUUUCACUCUGAAUCAACAAUUGAUCAACCGUUACUUUGCUCGCCGCCACCUGAAUCUUCCCCUCCAUCGUCAUACAGUAUCCGUUCGAAUUGACUUGCCUUAGCGUUUAGGCUUUUUCUGCAGCCACUUCAACACAGUCGGCCAUUGUGGAAUAACAAGCCACACCGACUGUGUCGUUGUAGCUGCUUUCCUAGGGACCCCGUGGUCCCCAAAAAAAACGGCAUAAUCAUGAACAACUACAUCGCGGUGCCUGCAGUUCCAGGCAGCACCCAACUCCGGGGGAGAAGGGAGAGCGCUGUUGCAUAUGUUCCGCCCCCAGCCGUACCCAUAGGUCUUGCACCUCAACGCCCAGCGAUGCAAGUGCCGUCUCCCCCGGUCGUUGUUACGUCCUACCCGACACCACCACCCAUUCACCAUAUUCCUCAGGCAGCCCCUCCCCCACCACCUCCUCCGCCGCCACCGCCGGCACCUGCACAAUUCUCUAGGCCGGCAUAUGUUGAGGUACUUCCCCGAAUAUCCAUAUGUUUAUCUGUACGUUCCUAACACUUCUUUUGAUCCUAGCUGCCAUGGUACUCCUCCCCCGAUGAACCCUUUCCAGCCAGAAGGAGGCGGCGUCCCCUUCUCAGGGAUGCAGAAAUUUUGACAAAAAACGUUAUGAAUGUCACAGACAUUCCAGCCGAUCUACAAGUCCAAGAAACUCCUAUUGUUCCAAGAUCGCAGCCAGAAGUCUCGGAAUUACUUGUUCCAGAGACCACGCAACCCUCGUCUGAGAUGGGAUCUGUGAACCCACCUACGCCAACAUCUACAGCGCCCCCAUCUGCUAGCACUACUGUCGUUCAAAAGCUCGUGCCUGCGCUACCUCUAACUCCACCAGCUGUGCCCAUAAUAAAGUCCAAAGCCCCCAAAGCACCAAAACCAACCGAGGCCAAAGAAGCCCAUAUUGAGUCUCCCUCAUCCACGCCUUCUUCACAAACCACUACAAAAACGGUCCCGACACCACCCGCGCCAGUUGUACCCGCCGUCCCCAAAUCAUGGGCCGAGCUGGUCAAGACCGCACCGGGAAAGGACACCGAAGGCGCCAGAGUAGCAGUCAUUCAACCCAAUGGGACAUCAAACGGGAAGGCAGGGUCUAUCACGCAAAUUUUGAAUGAUUUCCAAGUUAGGCCCACCGGAUCAUUUACUGUUCCGUUCCUUGAACCGCGUGGCCUAGUCAAUACCGGCAACAUGUGCUUUAUGAAUGCUGUAAGUGAAAUCAUCCUCGUUACUCAUGGGUACCAAAACUAAAUGUAUUGCAGGUCUUGCAAAUGCUGGUUUUCUGUGGUCCUUUUUACUACUUUCUAGAUUGUGUCGGAAAAGAGGCCGCUCAUAGUUUCAAGAGCGAGACUCCACUGAUUGACGCUAUGUUUGUCAUCCUAGUGGAACUUAGAUUCGAAUAGCUAAUAGUGUAUAGGAUAAUGUUCAUGCGUGAAUUUCGCGCCACCCCAAUGACUGUUAAACAAGACCUAGAAGCUCUUGGAGAACCGUUCGCUCCUGAAUUUCUUUACGAAGUUAUACGUAACACGAAGAGCUUCGCACAUAUGAGGGUAAGUCCGAGCCUCAGCUGUCCAGGGCCUGGGGUAUACUGAUUACUAACUAUUCGCAGAGAGGACACCAGCAAGAUGCAGAAGAGUUCUUAGGAUUUUUGUUGGACGGGCUCCAUGAAGAAGCGGUCAAAAUGAUGAUGAAAUCCGAUGGGAAUGGCGCCUCUAGCAUAAGCGGUGACUCUUCAAUGGACGAUACAGACGAAUCCGGGUGGAUGGAGGUUGGUCACAAGCAAAAGACCGCGACAACCCGCACAACUGAGAUUUCAGAAUCAUCUAUCACCAAAAUAUUCGGAGGAAAGCUUCGAUCAGUGUUCCAAGUCCCAGCACUCAAAGCUUCCGUUACACUCGAACCAUACACUCCAUUACAGCUAGAUAUUCAAGCGCCAGAGGUCCGAUCCGUGGUCGACGCUUUAAAGCAUCUCACCAAGCCCGAGAAAAUUCAAGGCGACUUUAAGUCACCUAAGGGCCCCAAUGUUGUCGCUAAAAAGCAAGUUUUUAUCGAAACCCUUCCUCCAGUCCUAAUUCUGCAUCUCAAACGAUUCCAGUAUGACAAUACCGGGGGUACCCAAAAAAUUUGGAAAAAAAUUGGGUAUCCCCUGGAGCUUCAAAUCCCUCCUGAGGCUAUGAGUUCAGCACAGAGAACAGGGCCAUCUGCAAAAUAUCGGUUAAUUGGGGUUGUUUACCACCACGGAAAAUCGGCUAGCGGUGGUCAUUAUACAGUGGAUGUUCUACGUCAAGAUGCGAAAAAUUGGAUCAGACUUGAUGACACUGUGAUAAGGAGGAUACGCUCUGAGGAGGUUGCAGUCGAUGUUAAGGACCUCGGAUCACACAACACAUUUGACGGCGAAGAAAAUGACGGUUGGGUCAACGGAUGGGAGGAGGUAACGGCCAAUGGGAGCGGUACUGCAAAUAAGGGGGAGGGUGCCAGAUACAUCGGAAAGGAUAGUAAGGUGGCGUAUAUCCUUUUCUACCAAAAGCUUUGAUUUCGGAAUCUUGCAAAAAUGUUGUCUAGUUUUCUUGAUACAUUGAUUUUAGUUUCUCUCUUUCUUCUCUUUUUUAAAUUACUUUCUCUUUCUUUCUUUUUCACUAUCUCUUCCCUAUCAGCGUCAUUUCUCGGGCUCUCUUUUUGGACUCCCUGAUCCGGGUGUGCGACGAAGAACGGAAAAUGAGCAUUGAAGGGAAAAAGGUUUGGAAAAAGGUCAUGGCGGUUAGGGUAGGUGCAUGGUGCUUUAUUUAUUCCUUUUUUCCCUCCUCUUCAAAUCGAUCUUAACAAUCGGAGUGUUCUGUGUGCGGUCAUGGUAUUUGGUUCCUUUUGUGAUUAUCUUUAUUACCUUGUGUACUAUGACUAUUUUCCUUUUGGGGGGGACGGCCGGAGCAAGUACUCGGGCCUGUUACCGACAUUAUCCUUGUAAGUAUGGUGGGACGAUGGCACUCUCCAGGUGCCAAACAAUCCUAGGGACUUGAUGUCAGGGAGGGGUUUUCUGGAGCUAUAGGUGGGCGAGUGGAUAGAGGUGGGCGCAGUCCAUUUGCAUAUCAAGGAGUGGCAUGGAUGCCAGUGCGCAAUCUAACAUUGAUUGGCUAGUCUAUAACGGCAUGUAUCCUGCAGUGGUCGAAGUUAUCUGCGUGAUAUUGAGUCAGAAUGGCUAGGACCAUGUUUAGCAAAUUCGGAAUAAUUAAGCCUAUGGACGAUGGCCCUUAUUACGAGUGAUCGGUCAUGAUGAAGUUUAGUGAUCCCAAGGAUGAGGGGUGGAGUGUCAUAACAAAUCUGGCCGGGAGUACUGUACAGCUGUAUGCCCGGGAUUUGGAGAUGAGAUGGAGGGAAGGGAAGAGAUGCGGGGUUAAGCUUGUUAGAGUUCUCAUCUGCGUCUGAGCGUCUUUACUCGAGUAAAUUUACUUGUCCAGCAUCCAGUACAGUGCGAGUACCGGUAGAGUGGAGUACCGCCACCCGCUCCAUCAUAGUCAUUCCGGGUCAAGCGAGUCAAGCGGGUUCAAGAAACUGAGGUUAAAGUUAGACGCGGAAGUCACACCAAACA